AUGCCUGGCGGCAGGGAGGACGAGAUUUGCCAGAAAGCGCUGAAGCUGCUGGUCGAGCUCUGCUCCGACGGGACGGUGGAGAACGACCGCUGCCUCGAGUUCAACUACUACCUGCGGGACAGCGGCAGACCCCGGCCCACAGACUCCGAUAUCACAGUGAGUUUACUGUCCUUAGUUGUCACAGCAUGUGGACUUGCUUUGUUUGGGGUGUCUCUGUUUGUGUCCUGGAAGCUGUGUUGGGUUCCUUGGCGAGAACGUGGCCUGCCUGGAAACAAAGACAAACAGGAGUCCCUGAACUAUACAGACACAGAGACCAAUGACCACGAGUAUAGUGAGGAUUACUUGGGACAACCUACCACCUACCCCGACUCUUCCAUGAAGAUUAGCCACACAUCCCCUGACAUCCCUUUGGACGCUAAGACAGGGACCAAGGAAAACUGUGUGCAUAAUGUUCGGAUGCAUCGACAGAUCACGGAGCCAACUCCUUCUGCACGGCAUAAUUCAUUCCGAAGGCAGCUCAAUCUCUCAAACCCAGACUUCAACAUCCAGCAGAUCCAAAAGCAGGAGCAGCUGACAGGGAUUGGGCGCAUCAAGCCAGAGCUGUAUAAGCAAAGAUCGGUGGACACAGAUGAUGGGAGGAGGAACAAUAGCAAAUCUUGUGGGAAGCUCAACUUUAUUGUGAAAUACGAUUGUGACUUGGAGCAACUGAUAGUGAAGAUUCACAAAGCUGUCAACCUGCCAGCUAAGGACUUCUCUGGGACUUCAGACCCCUAUGUCAAGAUCUACUUACUUCCAGAUAGGAAAACAAAACAGCAGACUAAAGUGCAUAGAAAGACCCUAAACCCAGUGUUUGAUGAAGUUUUUUUAUUUCCUGUUCCUUACAAUGAUUUGAGCACGAGGAAACUCCACUUCUCUGUAUAUGACUUUGACCGAUUCUCCAGGCAUGACUUGAUUGGCCAAGUGAUAGUGGAUAAUUUUUUAGAGUUGUCGGACUUUCCCAGGGAGUGUAAUCUUUGGAAGGAUAUUGAAUAUGUCACCAAUGACAAAGUGGAUCUUGGCGAGUUGAUGUUUUCACUUUGCUAUCUUCCAACUGCUGGUAGACUAACUAUUACUAUAAUAAAAGCUAGAAAUUUGAAGGCCAUGGACAUAACAGGAGCAUCAGAUCCGUACGUGAAGGUUUCACUAAUGUGUGAAGGGAGACGAUUGAAGAAGAGGAAGACUUCCACUAAGAGGAACACCCUUAAUCCUGUUUAUAAUGAAGCCAUAGUCUUUGAUGUCCCUCCAGAAAACAUUGACCAAAUUAACUUGUUUAUAGCCGUUAUGGAUUAUGACCGUGUAGGUCACAAUGAGGUCAUUGGAGUCUGUCAAGUAGGCAACGAUGCGGAAAGCCUUGGGCGAGACCACUGGAACGAAAUGCUCUCCUACCCUCGGAAGCCCAUCGCUCACUGGCAUUUGCUUGCAGAGGGCCCUAUUCCACAGAAAUGUUAUGCGGGCCUUCUGCGCAUGGAUGGCUGCCGAAGAGGCUUCCUCACUCUUUUAACCUAUUCAGCAGAAAUUUGGCAUUCCUGUUGAACCCUUUCUUAGCCAUUUUCUCAGGGGCCAUUCCGCAGAGAGUCCAAAGGGGUAAAGACAUCCCUUCCAUCCCAUUAUUUAACCCUCACCCGCUUUCCCAACCCCAGAAUACAUUAAUCCCAAACCACAAGGUGCAAAACUUCUGUUUGUUAGAUGGAAAUGUACCUACUUUUGUUUCUGAAGCUUUCUGUAGUUUUGAUUCUAACAUAGAUACCCAUGUCUAUCUGUAACACCCAUAUUUUCAUCUAUACUCCUUAAAUGAAUUGCAUUGUUAGCCGUGUUGUCUCAACCCACAUAAUGCAUUUUUUUGAGAUGCAUGGAAAAUAAAACAUUUUAUUAUGAUAAGUAUUGUCAUAGGUGGGGGGGGGGAAUGGAAUUCCUUUGUUUUAUAUACCUAACUCCACUUCAUAUACCUAACCCCAUUAGGUCAGUGGUCAAACUAUUAGUAGACAGUUUUUGUUUUCAUAAUGUAUGGAUUACAAUACAAUAGUGAUAUGGAAGUUCCAGUAAGUUGUGUGUCUUAUCACUUUUAACAAUCAGUGGCAACUGCCCACACAAAACCGAGGGAGCAGUACUGUGCCUCUGUGAUUGACCACACCAUAGAUUUUAAAAAUAACAGAGGGGCUUACUACACUACCCAAAACCGAAAGAGAACAUGUCUCAAGGUUCUGAAGAAAUAUAUAAUUGUGUGUGUGUGUGUGUGUGUGUGUGUGUGUCUUAUUAAUUUUAAAAUGCAGUUGUACAGUAGGAAAAAAUCAGGGAAAAAAUCCAUAAAGUACAACUGAACAAAGACAGAUCUCAUUUUUCCUGUAGAACAAGAUAGAGAGAUGAGGUAUAAGACCAGGAUGCAGAAUACAGAAGAAAAACAGGAACCUUCUAAGACUCUUUCCAAAAGUCAGGAGCAUGUGGAGCAGGAGGGCUGAAACCCUUCAGAGGUGGAAUUAAUAAAAUUCAGAAAUGGAAACCACACAUUUGCAAACAUGUCCGGUGUAGCUUGGCCCUUGGGCACAUUUCAGAACAGCCCAACGUGUUUUGGCCAAUGACUGUUUAAAGGUCUUCUUCAAGGGCUACAAAAACACAAUAAUACACCGCAUGAAUCAGAAAUGGAGUGCAUAUUGAAGCUAGAGACUUUGGUGCCACGUGGGCUUAAAGAAGACUUGGAUUUCCUUCCACACUUGGAGACAUGUCCCUGGGGUUUUUUGUUUUUUGUUUUUGUUUGUUUUUUGCACUGUCAUGUUUACAAGUGAAAGUCCUUGAUAUUUUUAUCGGAAAUUAGGAACACUUGAGUGUGAUUCAUUAGAAAAUACGCCAUUUGCUGCCUUCAGACAACAAUUCCAGUUGCCAGUUAAUGUGAACAGGGAUAUGGGCAGGCCAUUUGUCAAUUUAAGUAAGUAUACAUAAGCUCAUAUGCAAUUUGUAUAUGUUCUUACAGCCCCUGAAGAAGUCAUCACUUGGUGUGGGGAACCUUUGGCCCUCCAGGUGUUACUGAACCAGAACUCCCAUCAGCCCCGGCAAGCACGGGCAAUGGCUAGGCAUGAUGGGGGUUGUAGUUCAACAGCAUCUGGAAGGCCAAAGGUUCUCUAUACCUUUGCAGGCCGAAAAGACUUUGGGCUGUUGCGAAAAUAAAAUCCAUACAUUUCUUCAACAUCCUGAGAAACACUCUCUUUUGGUUUUGGGUUCAUUUUGGAUUCUCUCCACUUUUUGCAUUUCUUGUUCACACUACAGUACAUCAAAACUACAAGCGACUCCCACCCAUAGCAUUUUGAGAAUUUGGGUCUCGUGGGAUGAGUCAUGCACUGAGUAGUUUUGACAAUUGGAAACCACCCAAGUACAAUUAAAGAAACAAAUAUAAGAGUUAGAUUAAAAAGAAUAUAUAACAAUAUUAGGCCUAUUCUAGUGGUUUAAAAACAUUUGGUGAAAAAGCCUGUGGACUUCUUUCUUCUCCAGGCACACGUUCAAAUCGAAAGCAAAUAAAGUAGGUUUGUGGUGCGGCCAGACUUGUUGAUUUUAUGACACGGUAGUCUUUUAGCAAGUUUUGCGAUUUAGAUUACAAUUUGUUUGGCCUAAUUCAAACUUGUUAUAUUUACUUUGCAGCUCUGAUCCUAAACGGUUUUGAAAAAUCUGAGCUCCCAGUCAUCUCCCUUUGGGAAAGGCCGAAUAAACUGUAGUCCAAUUAGCAAAUCUUGGAGAGAGACUUUCAACACAGCAUCAACACCUCAUCUGGAGAAAAACAAACAAACAAACCACUAAAGCACUUUUUACAUGGUAUGCAGAGAUUGUGAUAAACCAAAAUGUGAAAUGACUAUCAGACCCAUAAUGGAAAAUAUGUAGACCAAUACAUCUUUGUUACAUUUUUUGAGGCUGAGGAGUUGGGUAUUUUUGUCAAUCUGAAAAGCCAGUGCAUAGAAUGUUCGAUAGUAAUAAUGUGCAUCACUAAGUAAAAAAGAAAAAUCAAAAAUACAAUUGUAAGCCACAGUCAUUCUGCUAUUGGGAGCACUGUCUAGUCAUUAAAGAACUUAGAUGAAAUAUUUAUAUUCUGUUUGUGAAUCCAUAUUAAGUUGUCAAAUAACUGUUCCAAGUUUGUAGAAUAAAUCAUUUCCAUAAUUAUUGCUUAAUCUUGUCCUGUUAACCAUAUAUACUUCAAGUUGGCAUCUGCAAUGAAUUAUUAUUUAAAUCUUGCAUAGUAAUAUAAUAGAAUUUGAAUUUUUGGGCUGGGUUCAAUUCGGCCUUCCUUUUCAGAUUGGACCAAAACAAUUCUGUGAUGUUGGGGAGCUGGGGAACUGCAUUUUUCUCGCUUUCUGGCAUGCUUGGGUGCAACUGUGUAUGCUUGCAAAGGCAUCCAAGUCUGAAACAUAAAUUACUCCAAGCCUUUCCUAUCGCCUACUGUUGCCUUGUUUUCUUUGGUAAAAAUGCCAACAGCAGAAAGAGUUUGCAGUUCUUUCCUGGCCCACCUCUUUCCUGACGGUAUCAUGAAGAUUUCCACGCAGCACACAUGAAGCCGCAUACUCCAAAUUAGUACAUUUUAACAAAGCCCAUUCUAAAACAGGAAUAGUUAAGAACAACAAAAGCAGUAAGAAUUGCAAAUUAAUUUUACUCCCGUCAUUUCCUCUAGCUAUAUAUAUUUUUUCCUGAAUAAGAGAAGAAAAUAAUGGCAAUUAUAGAAAACUCAUAGUUUCCAGUAUGAUACUGGGCAAGGUUCAACGAAGUUCUUGCAUGCACAGAAUGAGGACUGGUCACAGAAUGGGACUUUCCCCCUUCUCCUCACCCUCAUGGACCUCCUAAAUUUGCUCUGGAGGAUUGAGGAACCUCCAGAACAAUAUUGGGGCACAGGGGAGGAGACGGGGGGCAGUCCCACUGUGUGAGCUGGCCUCAUUCCCCACACGUCUACCCCACAGCAUCACCUUGAAUUCCACCCAUUGGAUGGAAUUAGAUAUCUAUGCAAUUGGUUCCUUUUACAGUAGGCCCUAUGAAAUAUAGAAGCUGUAAUGGAUUGUGCUGAAAUGCAUUGCAAUUUAAAGCAAACAAAAGGAGCAUUUUUUGAUAUGCCAUAUUCAGGCGCAGUAUCUAGGACCAAAAGUAAAAGAUACAUUUUUUAAAAGAUUAAUUCAUGCAUCAUGUAGCCCCCUCAUAGCCCUCAAGUACAGAACAGGCUAUCUCCAUCCUUUGACAGUUUCACACACAUGGAAUGGGUCUGCGUAUCAUUUGUGUAUAGGUGUUUGCUUUUUUUUAAAGGAACCCUAAUAAAUAUACAAGUACUUACAAGGUGGUCUGAUGGCUUCUUUCUUUCUUAACAUUUUACAGCUCCUGAGAGCAGGAAGCAAGUCCCUCAUGGCCACACAGGUAAAAAUGCUUACACAGAAAAAGAUAGCUGAGGGCAGCCCACUUUUUCUAUGUACAACUCCCCAGGAAGGGACUACAUGGUAUGGUGUACAGUCACUGCUUGGGAGCAUUUUUAAAGACUUUUUAACCUGCACAGCCACAGUGGACUUAAUAGCUGAUCAAAGCAGCUGUAAAAGGUUUUAAAAGAAAGAAGGCAGCCCUCGGACCAUCUCCCAAGUACUGUUGCCAUAGCCA